CUUCCAGCACCCUGAGGAUUGUGAGGAAUUGCAUUUUCCCAGCACCUUUGGUACUUCACUGUUCCCUGGUUUUUGUUCUGGUUAUCAGAGGUGCUCUCACCUGAGUAUUUCUUUAUCGGAUGCCUCAAAAGAGCAUCUAGAAAAACAAAGAAACUUGUGAUGUGGAGCUGACAGUUCUGGUUUCAGCCAGUGAAAACUUGCCGAGUCAGUGAGAAGGCAAAGCAAAAGGGAUGCCAAGGACAAUGUCAGUGAUGCCUGGUAAUUUGUCACUCAACGGGACGAGCUUCUUCAGUGAAAACCGUGGCAUUGUGGACAAACCCAGUGAGCAGAGGACUUGGAAUGUCUUUCUGUUCUGCUUGACUCUUACUGUUGCAUUGCCAGCCCUUCUGAGCAGUAUUUAUUCACUAGUUUCCCUGCUGAAAAUGCAGAGCAAAACCACACUGUCGAUGAUUGUGACCUCCUUGGCAGUAGAUGAUUUGAUCAGCAUCGUGCCACUGAUUAUGUUCAUGCUCAUGCAGUGGUCAGGUGAAGGCCUGCCCCAGCCUCUGUGCACCUCCUCAGCACUUAUGUAUUUAUUCCAGGGCAUUUGUAGCAACCUGAAAGGGUCACUUAUAGUUUCUUACAACUUCUACACCAUCAACACGACCGAGACCCCGAGCUGCAGCACGUCCAAGCGUCGUGUGAGCGUGGUAUGGGCCAUCCUCGCCAUCUGGAUUGUGGGUUUGCUGAUCUGCAUUCUGCCCCUCUGUGGCUGGGGCAGGUACAUCCCCACCUCCUGGGGCUGCUUCACCGACUCUGCCAGUUCCUACGUCCUGUUUGUGGUCAUCGGCUACUCCCUGUGCUUGUCCCUGCUGGCAGUGCUGGCUGUUCCCCUCACUCACCAGCUGCUGUGCUCGGCUGAGCCACAGCUCUUGCACACCGAGUACCUGGAGGUCCCUGGAGGCUCCACCACCCCCAGGACACCCAUGGCUGCCCCGUCGCUGUCCCCGCUGGACCCUGUGGAUAAAACCCUGGAGCGCUGCCGGAACUCGGGGGCAGUUCUGGGGAAGGGCGUGGGUGGGAGUGGUGCCCUCUGGAGCAGCAGGAGCUCCACGGUGGGCUUUGCCCAGAAACGGUUCUCGCUGAUCCUUGCACUGACCAAAGUCAUUCUCUGGCUCCCAAUGAUGGUGCAGAUGCUUGUCCAAUACAUCACUGGUGUGCAGAGCCUUGCGUUUGAGGCCUUGGGCUUCCUGCUGACCGUGCUGGCCACCACUCUCACCCCGCUGUUCGUGCUGUCAGAGCACUGGGUGCACCUGCCCUGCGGCUGCAUCAUCAGCUGCACCAGGGACUCCUGCGCAGCCACUUCAGGUGAUCCCAAAACCAAACGUAGGGGUUUCGAGUUCAACCUGUCCUUCCAGCAAGGUUAUGGAAUCUACAGAAUAUCCCAGGAAAACCACCCCCACCUCCACAGUGAUGGUCAGUCCACGUCCUACCACAGCCUGGUGGGCUCUGACUGCGAGGACCCCGAGCCUGGGAGAGGCAGUGGUGGUGCCCCUGGGCCCAGCCCCCCCUGCCCCCCGUCUGCAGGGCCCUGCAGGGCCGAGCAGGGCACACACUGCCAUCCAUCAACCAUCCCUGAGGGCCCAGAGUGGAGCUUGUCCCACGAGGAGAGCCACACACCUGAGCUCACGGACUGGGAGUGGUGCAGGAGCAAAUCCGAGAGGGCCCCUCGGCAGCGCUCGGGCGGGGCCCUGGCCAUCCCUCUGUGUGCAUUCCAGGGGACUGUGUCCCUGCAGGCCCCCACCGGCAAAACCCUGUCCUUGUCCACGUACGAGGUGAGCUCUGAGGGGCAGAGGAUCACCCCCACGGCCAAGAAAAUCGAGGUGUGUCGGUCCAAGAGCGUCGGGCACGAGCCCAGCCCGGAGGGGUCCCCUCACACGAACGUUAAGAUUCACUUGGAGGUGCUGGAGAUCUGCGACAACGAAGAGGCCCUGGACACCGUGUCCAUCAUCAGCAACAUCAGCCAGUCCUCCACCCAGGCCAGGUCCCCCUCCCUGCGCUACUCCCGGCGGGAGAACAGGUUUGUGUCGUGCGAGCUGGGGGAAAGCGCCUCCUACUCCCUGUUCAUCCCGUCCCACAGCCCCGGCAGCGACAUCAGCAUCUCCAUCCCCGACACCGUGGAGGCCCAUCGCAGCAGCAGCCAGCAGCACGCGGGCACGGGGCACCAGGAGGACAUCCAGCUGCUGAACAAGGCCUACAGGGAGCGGGAGGGCCCGGGCAGCAGCGGCUGAGAGGGUGCAGUGUGUGCUGCUCCU